AUGUCUGAAAAUAUUGCUCUGCAAAAUAUUGUUGCCAGAAUCAGCAAUGCAACCACUAAGAAAGAAUUCGCUUUGGACAUUUUUGUAGAAGUUGAGAGCGUUUAUAUUGAUGCUACCUAUACUGGUAAAUUGGAUUCGUUGAAUACGUUGCGGUCAACGACAGCGUUUUUGCUUUUUCCCAAUAAUACAGUGCUACAGAUAAUCGCUUCAAUAUCUAUUCCGAUCGCCGACUUACCUCCAAAGCGCAAAGUCUUCUGGGAUUGGGGCCUACAAAUGAACCAUGUGAUGCCCUACGAUGCGGCUUCUUUCUACAAUGUGCCCAUUUGGUCCACAAUGAAACGCGAUGCUGAAAAUGUGGGUAGUCGAAGGGUCAACGACAACCAAACAUUUACGGCAUGGAUUGAUGCUUUAGGAAAUAGACAUAUUUUCGAUUUCACAGCUGGUGAAUUGUACAGAUCAAUCGAGCGUUUGAUAGAAAGUUAUGGAUAUCAUUCCAGUUGUUUACUCCAAAGCGUGUGCGACUUAGCUAAACAUCCCUUUGACGUCGAGCAGCAGCACUUAAUCGCAGAUUUAAUUACAUUCAUACUCACACCUUCGUGGCACAUGGGAUUUGUUGUAAGCGAAGACAACCAGCGAAGAGCAUACGAGACUGCAGAGCAAUCUGGGACUCGUCGUUUGAAUUGCAAAAGGCUGUUUCCUGCAUGUAAAAAGAAUCUGCUUCAAGUGAUAACAUAUGUGAUUUUUGAAAAUGGCUGA